UUAAGGAUUCGACCUAUAUCGCUAACCGUAAUUGAUGUAGAGACUUUGCACAGUAAUAAAGAUCAGGUUUAGAGGGCAAAUUAAGCUUUCCAACUUCAAAGUAUUUUUGGCGUGACGUCAUUUCUAUAAUAAAGUUCCAAUUUCCGAGGCAAACUAAACGCACCAAAAUAGACGGAAUUGUCCUGGAGUAGCGCUAUGAUUCUGUUAUAUGGUAUUUGUUAACAGUGAAAAGAACUAUUUGCUUUAUCUCAAGUUACCACGGAUAAUGCGCUGUCGUUGACUUUUGUUCCCGCUGUUGGCUGUCAGUUCUGAAGGUGGGAUUUUAAGAGGUUAUGAUAGCGGCUAACUACAGCCAGCUAACCAGAUCCAGUCUCCGUGAUCCCCGGGUUGGUUUACGAGGUGGUGAUAGUUCUACGAUGGAGCUGAAUCAGUAGUUAGAGCAGCAAGAGUUGAAGCUUCAUCAUAAUCCACUCCUUUAACGCCAUUCAACAGGAACUGUUUUGGAAAGGAGCCCUAAGGUAAAAGAAAGCCAAACCUCCCUAAGCCUUAGGCUCUGCUUUGUAAAACUCAGAAAAUGGCUUUCCUGGACAAUCCAGCAAUUAUCUUGGCCCACAUUAGACAGUCCCAUGUGACCAGUGAUGAUACAGGAAUGUGUGAGAUGGUUUUAAUAGACCAGGAUGUGGAUCUGGAGAAGUGCCAACUUACUCUGGUACCCGGCGGCAGCUGUGGGUCAUCUGAGUCCACCUCUCUCAGUGAAGAUAGUGGUACCAUGGCGGACAGUCAUACUUGUGACCUCUCUCAGUCCAUGGACAUCACUUCUAGCUGGGACUUUGGCAUUCGCCGACGCUCCAACACAGCACAAAGACUUGAAAGACUCAGAAAAGAACGGCAAAAUCAAAUCAAAUGUAAAAAUGUUCAGUGGAAGGAAAGGACAAGCUCUCAUUCUGCGGAAGAUUUGGGAUCUCUGUUUGAAAAGCGGGACUUCAAAGACAGGCUGCGAACAGCUGGGGCUAAAUCCACCUUAUCACUACGGCUGGAACAGUGUCCACAGCAGCUCAACAACCCCUUUAAUGAAUACUCUAAAUUUGAUGGCAAGGGUCACAUAGGUACCACAGCUACCAAGAAGAUAGACGUCUACCUCUCAAUGCAGAUGACUCAGGAGAAAAUGCAUCCGAUGACGGUGGUCACCAUUGCAAACGCUCGUGUUCACGACCUCAUUGGACUCAUCUGUUGGCAGUACACAAGCGAGGGACGAGAACCCAAACUCAGUGAGAAUGUGGAGGCCUACUGCCUUCACAUUGCUGAGGACGAUGGUGAGGUGGAUACUGACUUCCCACCACUUGAUUCCAAUGAGCCAAUCCACAAGUUUGGCUUUAGCACGCUAGCAUUGGUGGAGAAAUACUCUUCACCUGGCUUGACUUCUAGACAGUCACUGUUUGUCAGAAUAAAUGCUGCUCAUGGUUUCUCUUUAAUUCCUGUGGAUAGUCUGAAGGUAACCAUGAAGGAGAUUCUCCAAAAAGCACUCAAGAAGAGGAAGGGUUCACAAAAAGGGUCAGGGCCCAUGUAUCGUCUGGAGAAGCAGAUGGAGCCUAAUGUUGCAGUCGACCUGGAUUCUACUUUGGAAAGCCAGAACACCCUGGAGUUUUGCCUGCUCAGAGAAAACAGCUCCAGAGGUGAGGAGAGCUCUGAGGAGGACCCUACUAUUGAUAUCACCACAGUCCAAGACAUGUUGAGCAGUCACCAUUACAAGUCGUUCAAGAUCAGCUUGAUUCAUAAGCUGCGUUUCACCACAGAUGUUCAGCUAGGCAUUUCAGGUGAAAAAGUGGAAAUCGAUCCUGUCACAAGUCAGAAGUUUUGGAUUCGCCAAAAACCCAUCUCUAUCGACUCAGACCACCUUUGUGCCUGUGACCUUGUUGAGGAGAGAAGUCCCAGCCAUGCCAUUUUUAAGAUUACUUAUCACAGCAACCAUGACUACAAGGCUCUGUACUUUGAGUCUGAUGCUGCUACUGUCAAUGAAAUUGUGCUCAAGGUGAACUACAUCCUGGAGUCUCGGGCCAGCACCUCCCGGGCAGAUUACUUUGCCCAAAAGCAACGCAAACUUAGCCGCAGGACAAGCUUUAGUUUCCAGAAGGAAAAGAAAACUGGGCAGUAGAUGCACACGACUGAAACCACUUCGCUGAGGCUACACAGAUCCAUCUGCCAGACACCUUUCCAGUACAAAGAGAAUCUUGGAUGUAAUUCAGGAUUUCAGAUGUAGAAUCUGAUAGAAAGUCAAGUUAAAGACUAAAGAAAUGGCAGAAAACAAAAGUUCUGCUUCAGCUGGUGCAAAUUGAAAACCUCUAUAACCCAAUGAAGGAGCAGAUUUCAUAACUAGAGGGAACUUGCAUGUUGACUUUUGGACAGAUUAGCUGCUGUGCUUUGAUUCUUCACUUGUUGCCUCUGUAUGCGAGUACUGCUCAAGCAAGUUGUUAAAGUUGCACGUUGAACAUUAGUUUCACUUCUCUUUUGUUAACAGAUUUGAAUCCUCACCAUUUGAUGUAUUGUAUAUACAAAUUUUAUAAUCAGAAAAUGAAAUAACAUAAAAUUAUAUUAGCCCA